UUUUUAGUCGAAUUUCGUUAUUUCACGUUUAAAGUUCGUACGUGCGCUGAACGGACGGACUGUUACGACCGGAGUGUUGUGUUGUGAGUGCGAAAGCGUAAAAUCGGCGGAUAUAUAUACAUAUAUAUAUACUCGUAUAUAUGUACUUCCCAAAAAUCCCCAAAAAGUUGCCUAUUUUUUAAAUCGUUUUCGAGUGAUGAUCUUUGUGCUUUAUCAAAAUUAGACUGAGUUCAAAACAACAACAACAAAUUAUACAUGUGAAACAAAAUUAGCUAACUUUUGGAUAAGCCCACGUUUCCGGAACCAUCUAAUAACGUACGUGCCUCAUCAUAAAACGCGCCCUCAACGAGGCAUUCGAGCGAAACCACAAACCAAAAACGGCCAAGCCAAAGAAAAUUAUAAAGUACAUCUAACAAAAAAAACAAAGAAGAAAAUUCAUAAAUAAAUACAUUAUCAAUAAUCUAUGCGUGAAUCAAACAAAAAUAAUACAUAUAUGCCUACAAGAAGGGAAAGUAAUGUGUAAAUUCUUUUUUAGACAAACACAUAUCGUGUAAAAUAUAUAUAAAUAUUAAAUCCAGCUGGGAGGCAAUUAUAAUACUUAAUGAAUUUAUUGCACAAUUAAAGCAAAGCCAACUAAUAACAACAACAAAUUAAUAUGCCGCUGGCGUGAAAGUCACAACUCGACGCAUGAGAAAUUCCCCCUGUGCGCCGCAGCACUGAAUUAUUAAUGAAAUCGAAUUACAAACAAAGCCCAGCUACCAGCAAUAACGAUUGCGAAUCGGAAUCGGAAUAAUAAUACGAAUAAAAGAUAUAUACACAAUACGUUAAUAAAUAAUUAAUAAUCAUAAAUAAGUACACACAUCAACAAGAGCCGCGGAACGUGGACGGCUUAAUCAGCGAAAAGUCAGGCAGCUGGAAAAUAUUACAAUCGAAACGCGCAGGCGCAGGCGCCGCUUUUCACACGAGUUGGCAGCACACGCCACAUAAAUUGGCAUUUACCGUUAAGCGCGCUGCCGUACUUUUGCGGUCGGGACAAAAGCAGUAAAAACAACAACAACCACUCAACACCUCCACCGAACCACCAAAGAAAAGCCGUCAAAGUGGAUUUAACAAAUUAUAAUAAAAUGCUGCAAUCCAGCAAUCAUCAUUAUUUAAGGCCGGAUUAUAUGACAGCUGCAGCUGCCCCAACAGCGCAGCUGGACAACAAAAGCAGUCCGUUGGCGCUAUUGGCCCAAACAUGCAGCGCCAUUGGAGCGGACACCACAAACCCCAAGCUGCUGGCGGCGAACAUCGAAAAGUCCACAAAGCAACUUCAGCACCAGCCCAAGGGAUCGAAUGGAGGCGGAGGAGUAGGAUCAGGAUCCUAUGGCCUGGGCCAGCAGACAUCAAUGGAUGGCAGUGCACGCGAUAAAUCCUCACCGGUUAGCAGUCAUUCAUCCAGCGUUAGUACCGGUUCCGUUGAGCAGCAGCAAUUGCCCCCCGCCCAUGGCGGCAGCAUCAGCAGCAAACCCACACCGACAACCUUUAAGCCCUACGAACCGAACAACAACAUCAGCCACAUAACCACAGCCGCCGAUUGCGGCGCCACAAAUCUCAGUAGUAGCAGCAACAACAACUCCAGUGGCCAGCAGCGGGUCAAGACCCCCAAAUCGACUUCGAACGGCGGCGGCCAACGUUGCGAUUCGAACCAAAGUGCCAGUUCGCAGCGAGAAUCGCCCACAGCUGCUGGCUCUCUCAGAAGGACUCCCACCUCGGGUUUGGGAGUGGGUGUUGGUCAGCUCAAUGGAAGUCCCGGCCUGCCACCAACUGCAUCCUCAACGCCUGGGCGCAGCAAUUCCAAAGAGUCGGCCGCCAUGCAUAGUCCAAGUGCAGCGGCAGCAGCUGCGGCGGCUGCUCAAAUAGCCAGCUCCAAUCGCCUACAGGAGGCCGCCCUGGCCGCCGCCAAGGAGGCCAGUUAUGUGAAGGCUCUGCAUGCGGCCAGCCAGCAAGGAUCUGCCUCGGCAGCGGCAGCUGCGGCAUCCUAUUAUCCACCAGGUUAUGGUAGCCCCUAUUCCAUGGACUUAAUGGCCGCCAGUUCUCUGAUGUCGCCUCACCACGCCAUGUUCAAGGCGUCGGCGAUGAAUCCGUAUCUGAACUACGCCCGGAUGAAGGGACUGUCGGAGCAGUCAAUGAUGGCGGCCACACCAAACGUGUGCCGUGAUCCCUACUGCACGGGAUGUCCGGCCAGUCCGCACUACAUCAACAAAGCGGCGGGUCAGCCAUGUCCAGCGGGAUGUCCGCAGUGCGAAGGAGGCGGUGGUGGCGGUGCCGGUGGAGCAGCCAAAUCCAGUAGUUCCCAGGGAGGAUCGGGUGGAUCCUCGAGUGCAGCAGCAGCGGCGGCGGCGGCAGCUGCCUCCUCAUAUCACGCCCAGUUGGCCGCUCUGGCCGCCGCCUCCCAGAUGCCGUACGUAUGCUCGUGGAUCGGCAGUGAUGCCGCGUAUUGUGGCAAGCGAUUUGGCACCUCCGACGACCUGUUCCAACAUCUGCGCACCCACACAGCCUCCGUGCCGGAUGCGGUACUAAGUGCGGCUGCGGCCGGCGGAAUACCGCCCAAUCAUCCACUUUUUCAGCGCACCUAUCCCACCCCGCCGCUGAGUCCGCUAUCGGCGGCCCGUUAUCAUCCCUACGGCAAGCCAUCGAUGCUGCCGCCAUCGUUGGCGCCACCCGGCAUGCCAGGACUGCCACCACAUCCGGCGCUGGCCCAAUACUUUGCGCCGUACUCGUUAUAUGGACCGAGGAUGGGAUCGUCGCAUCCGUAGUAGGCGGCAGAUGAUCCAGCAAAGGGCAGCUCGGCCUUCAGUCAAACCCAUCAUCAUCAUCAUUUCUCUUGAGUCGUCGUCGUCGUAUCUCUAUGUGUUUUUUGGUGUAUAUGUAUGACUCACUCGUGAAACGAAAAGCUAGUGAUCUAAUGUACUGUAGUUACAUACAAAUGUGUUUACAAUUUAGCUUAAGGAGUCUAGCGUCUAGAUAUUAAUAUAUCUUAAUAUCGAUGAUAUAUAUCUAUAUAUAGUGCAGCACAUCAAAUAUCGCUCGUCCUUGUGUGUCUGUGUGUUUUGUGGUUGCUACUAAAACGCAUAUGGUAAUUUUAAUAUUAUUAUUUAUUAUAUUCAAGCGAAACGAUUAAAGAAUUAACGAAAUGAAAAGAUUGUCCAAAAACUUAAAGUUGUAAAAUUCUUGUAAAAUAUAUAAAGUAACUGCUUAUAAUUAAUUCUAUAUAUAUAUAUAUAUAUAUAUACCUAAACAUAAAUGUGUAAUUAUGAACAAUAUUUUAAUGUUCAAUUAAGUCACUACAAAGAAAUCAAUAAAUCAAA